UGUACACAGGGUUCCCCUCAUCUUCUUCAACCCCAUCUGGUGAUACCCCGCAAGCCACUGCCACAGAAACAAGCCCAUAAAAGGCACUCAUUAUCCUGCAUCGAUUAUCCAUCACCCAUCUAUAAUACAUCUAUCAGCUUCCUAUCACCAUGAAUAUGAAAUCCGACCUUAAAGAAUACAGCCGCUGCGGCACCUGCACCGGCCCCUACGCCGACAACCUCACCACCGAUGUCCUCAUCAUCGGCGCCGGGUUCGCAGGCAUUUAUUGUCUGUACGAGAUGCGCAAACUUGGCCUCAACAGCACCAUUUACGAAGCAGGCACCGACCUCGGUGGAACCUGGUAUUGGAACUGCUACCCCGGUGCGGCGGUGGACUCGGAAAUCCCGCAGUAUCAGUAUUCGAUUCCGGAGACGUAUAAGGAUUGGAUGUGGAGUACGAACUAUCCGGAUUAUAAGGAGUUGAGGGCGUAUUUCCAACAUGUGGAUAAGGUGUUGGAUGUGAAGAAGGAUUGUGCUUUCUCAACUGUUGUCGUUGAUGCAUCUUUCGAUACUAAAAGUGGACGGUGGACGGUCAAGACGGAGGAUGGAAGAACUGCGACAGCAAAAUAUCUCAUUGUCGCUGCGGGCUUCUCGUCAAAGAGGUAUAUCCCUGAAUGGCGGGGUAUCGACACCUUCAAGGGGAUCGUGCAUCAUUCCUCCUUCUGGCCGGAAGAAGACAUCGACGUGCGUGAUAAACGAUGCGCUAUCAUCGGCACCGGUGCUUCUGGUGUUCAAGUCGCCCAAGCAUGGGGACCAACUGCUGGCUCUCUCAAAGUGUUACAAAGGACGCCCAAUCUGGCCAUCCCAAUGCGUAAACGCGAACUUACCGCUGAAGAACAAGAGCAGACGAAAUCCUUCUAUCCUGAAUACUUCCGUCUGCGCGAGAAAUGCUUCGCGGGCUUCGUGUAUACAUUCUCUGAGAAGGGUGUGUUUGAAGAUAGCCCGAAGGAGCAAGAAGCAUUUCUCGAGCAACUCUGGGAAGCAGGGGGCUUCCAGUUCUGGGUGGGCAAUUAUAAAGAUUAUCUCUUUGAGGAAAAGGCAAACAGGGUGGUGUAUGACUUCUGGGCGAGGAAGACUCGUGCGAGAAUAGAGGAUGAGAAACAGCGUGAUCUCCUCGCUCCUGUUGAGCCACCGCAUGCAUUCGGCAUCAAGCGUCCUUGUCUCGAAUCCACAUACUAUGAACAAUUCAACAGACCUAAUGUCGAGGUAGUCGAUAUAUCCAACAACCCCAUCGCUUCCUUCACAGAGAAAGGCAUUCAACUCCAAGACGGCACACACCUCGACCUCGACGUCAUCUGCAUCGCUACCGGCUUCGACAUUAGCACCGGGGGAAUGACCAGCAUGGGAUUGAAGAGUAUCAAGGGAACAACGCUUCAAAACGAAUGGAAGACAGGCCUGAACACAUACCUCGGCACUACAGUCCACGGAUAUCCCAACAUGUUCCAUCUCUACGGACCUCAUGGCCCUACACUCCUGAGUAACGGACCCUCCACUAUCGAGAUGCAGGGUCGAUGGAUCGCAGAUGCCAUCAAGCAGAUCGAAAGAAAGGGAAUCAAGUAUAUCAAUCCUACAGAUGAGUCUUCGAAGGCAUGGAAAGAGAAAAUUAACAUGCUGUCUGAUCGGACGUUGUUUCCUACCACCAGAUCGACGUACAUGGGUGGAAAUGUCCCAGGAAAGCCAUUUGAGCAGUUGAACUACUCGAAUGGUGUUGAUCGGUAUUUGUUGGAAAUCAGAGCUGUUCUGCCUGAUUUCAAAGGGUUUGAUGUGGUUAAUUAAUGCAUAGCAUAGUUCUAUAUCAUAUUUACACCGCAAUCCUCUGUAGGUCUGCAUAAUUCUGACUUUGGAUAAGACUUGAAUGAAGAGUAGCGAGACCAGACCAUCUCUUGGUACUCGGGCUAGGCUGAGUCGAGAAUAGCAGACAAUUUAUAGUUGAGUUAGUGAGCAAACCAUGGAAAAAUUGUGAUAUUAACUCAGACUACAACAUGCUGCUUUCGGAGAAUGUACCGUAUACCUUGAAGUUACACAGAUGUGCAUCUAGACCACAUCAGUUUCUUAUUGCAAACACGUUUUUC